AGUUUAUUUGAUGAUUUGAACGUCGGUACAACACGGUCGGAGUGGUAUUUCUUUACGUUUUUCCCACAUAGUAAUUGCGCUUUAGAGCUUUCACCCGCUUCGAUAGACGUUAAUGAAAAUUUGUUGUUUGCAGAGUGCGUUCCUGUAUUUAUCGGUUAGUGCGUACUGUCGAUGAUAUUCUAGUGCUAUUUUUUUGGUAAAAAAAAACAUCAUCGAUUGCUGUUAAUUUAACCAAAACCAAAAAAUAUGUAAGGGAUGAUUUUAUGAGAUUUAGAAGUAGAAAUAUGGUUAGAUAUAAGCUUCUUCUUUUCUUCCUGUUUUGGCUGGUGAUCUCAACGCAAGGCGAAGACGUACAAAAACCAAUCGAAGACAGAAAAGAUAAUCAAUCUCUAUUAUCUAGAGUAGCUUCUUGGAUUUUUCCAAACAAAAAAGAUUUAGCGACAGCAGAAACGAGUUACGGAGGACGACAAUAUUUACCCGCCCCUUAUAGACAAGAUGACAGGGAUUGCAAUCUUUGUAACCUCGAACCCUGGAUACCAAUAAUCGGCCAUAACAAAAUUAAACCAGUACCCAACAAAGAUUUUUCUAGUCUUUUAUCUAAUGUACAUAGUAUAGAUACUAGUAUAGUAAGCGUCUUACCAAAUAACCAAUUCAUCAAUACACCAAACUCUCCUCCAAAACCUUAUUAUGGACCACCACAUAUCACAAACAACUUGGGUUUACCCAAUACCGGUGGAGACUUUUUCAUAGCUGAUUACAUGUUACCGCCUCCACUGAAUUACAAAUUACCACCAGUAUUAUAUGGACCUCCACUUAAAGAUAAUUACGGCCCACCGAAACCGAAAUACGGCCCGCCGAAACCAAACUACGGCCCGCCGAAACCAAACUACGGCCCGCCGAAACCAAACUACGGCCCGCCGAAACCUAGUUAUGGUCCACCGGAAUUUAAUGGUCCUCAAAGUACAAAUUUUGAUCCCCCGAUACCCCCUUAUGUGUUGCAUGGUCCAAUUAAAUCGCAUAAUGAACUUCCGGUGUUUUUGAUGGCUCCAGCGCAAGAGAUCAAGUCUACAAUCCUUCAACCAGUUUCUAACGGAUUUAAUUCGGAUCUGGUACCACCGCCACCGACUAGUUUCGAUAAAUUCCCUCCAAGAACUCAACGACCGAAUAUUUUCAAUGUAGAAGAUAUUUCUGCUUUGACGAACAUUCCGGUGGAAUCAAAUUAUAUUCCUCCACCUGUACCUUCUGAUAGCUACGGUAAUCCAAUCACCAAUGAUCAUUCGGAUUUGAAUCGACCUUUCGAUUCGAUACCAGCGCCGAGUGGAGAUAGUGACGAUUACGGAGGACAAAGUUUUUUAAAUUUGAACCCACUGCCGGUGGUACCUAAAUACCAACAUGUAGAUUUUCAUCAAAAUCAACAUGGUGGUACGGAUAACGUUCAAGUGCAGCAGAGUGUUAAUGUAGCUGAUUAUUUAGCGAGCAUUGAGCAUCCAAUAAACGUGAUUCAAUCUCCUCUAAUCGAAGUUGAAGUUAAUGAAGAUUCGGCGGGGUAUAAUCGUAUCGCAAAAACGCAACAAGAUGGUUUCGAAAAAGGCAAUGACGAUAAUAUUAAACUUAGUGAAAAUCCAAUAAUUGUUGAUGAUUCUCAAACAUCAGCCAGUAAUUUGAAUGGUUCAGUUACUAGUCCAAAUAAAGGAAGUAAUGGUGAGGAUUUGAGUACUACCACCAACGAAAAACAUAACUUUUUGAUAGUACCAGUGGAGAACGUCGAAACAGAUUUCAAUAAGAAUGAAACAUUUAAAUCGCCUUCUUUAGAUUACAAAGAUUGGAAACCUAAAUACCAAUUGGAACCGACGUGGAAAGGUACCCAAAAAACAAAACAACUAAUAGUACCUUACACUAAUAAUAAAUUUUAUAAAGCCCACGAUAACGUUAAAAGUAUAAUAGAUGGUUACACCACGCUGGUUCCUGUUUAUACCCCACCAAUGCCUACCGAACAAUCUGAUUGGUCGAAAUAUUUGAAUGACAUUGACACAACUAGAUUAACUAAAGUUUCCGGUAAACCUUUUUCGACUUCCAGUACCGCCGUUUAUAAUAUUAACGAUUUCAUAGCCGCUAAUAGAGAUAAAGGAAAUCUACCAUACGAUAUUAUAACUUUACAAAAAAGUAUAGAUAAAUGGACUCAACAAUCUUAUUCCAAAGAAAAAUUAGAAGAUGCUGUUACCCCCAAACAAAUCCCAGGGGAUUAUCUCACCACAAACCCGAAAGAACCGUAUACUACACCUUCAAAAUAUAUAUUCGAUCAUCAUUCAGCUGAAUCUUCAAGAAAAGAAAUUAUUUCGCAAGAUUCAGACGUAGAAACUAAUCUGAUAAUAGCCGCUGAUACUAAAGCUCCAUCUAUUGGUUCCCCUACGAAACCUAGUGCUGGUGAAGAUUCUGGAUCUCCUUGGAGGGCAGCUCAUCCAACGGUAUCUCCUUAUACUAAGGAAAAGGUUUACGUCGUCACCCCGCAAGCUUAUAGUUUUGUUACUGCUAGUCCGGCAGUAUCCUGGAGUAUGGCACCCAAAGUACAAAACGGAACCGAAAACAAUGUUACUUUGGAUUCUCGCAAGUUUUCCGUAAGAAUUGAACCGGAAAAUAGGGAAUCGAGGCAGGGAGAUUCCGGGAAUGAUGUCAACCUCAAAGUGGUUUAUAGCGAAUGGCCGCAUUUGAUCAACGAUCUCCAAGUUACGAGUCCUAAACCUACGUCCGCUCAUCCAUUGUUUGGACUUAUGGGAAUCUCAGCAUAUACACCACCAGCUAACUCAACCGUUGAAACUUUUUUGGGACAUUCCAAAGUUAUGACGGUGGUGACCCUUUCAAACGAUUCAACGAAAUCACCGGUUCCGAAAAUUGACUAAAUAUUUUUAUACUUUGAAUAAUUAAAAAUAUAGAAUUAAAUUUAUUUAUUGAAA